AUGAACACUAAUCUGCAAUCGAAUCCAAUACCAUCGUCACUCUUUACCUCCAUUGACAUGGGAACAAACUCUUUCAAGCUUCUUAUAGUCCACGCAGAUCCUUCCGGAAGAUUUUUCGUUCCCGUCGAACGGCUCAAAGAACCAGUCGUGUUGUCUCGCGAAUCUCCGACCUCAAUUUCGUCUCAAUCUCAGGUUCGUGCCCUCCAAUCUCUACAUAAAUUCAAAAGUUUGAUCCUCUCUCACAACCUCUCCGAUGACCGGAUCCGUUGCGUCGCCACGGAAGCUUUACGACGAGCUGAGAAUCAGAAACAGUUCGUGGAGACGGUGUACGAUGAUGUCGGGAUCCAUGUCGAUGUGCUUUCCGGUGAAGAGGAAGCGAGGUUGGUUUAUCUUGGCGUGCUUCAGUUUUUACCGGUGUUUGAGAAAUCUGUGUUGUGUAUCGAUAUAGGAGGUGGGUCUACUGAGUUUGUGGUUGGUAAAGGUGGUGAUGUGAAGCUUGCUGUUUCUUUGGAGCUAGGUCAUGUUAAUUUGACACAAAUGUUUUUGAAAAAUGGUUUUGGAUUGACGGAAAUGAGAGAGUAUAUCCGUCAUGAGAUUGAGGAGUCUAGGUUAGCUGAUAAACUGAAGGAAUCUGAUGGCUUUGAGGUGGUUGUGGGAUCAUCGGGAACUAUACGAGCUAUCGAGAAUGCGGUUUUCAGUGGCUAUGGAGCUGAUUUGUGUCAGUUCAGUCUGGAAGGGUAUAAGAGGGAUUGGAGAUUUGGUAGGAGAGAACUGAGCAGUAUUGUGGAGAAGCUUUGUAGUGAAGGAGACGAAGAGGAGAUUCGGAGAGAAGGUUUUUUCAAGAGAAGGUCAGAGUUCAUUGUUGCUGGGGCGGUACUGUUGGAGGAAAUAUUCAAGGCUCUUGUUAUUGAGGAAAUGGAGGUCUCUGAGUAUGCAUUGGCAGAGGGUGUGAUUGCUGAUUCUCUGGCCAAAGCUUUUGAUGGACUAUAUGAUUUGAAUGCCAAUGCAAGGUGGCGAUCGGUUAUGAGGCUUUCCACGCGGUUCAAUGGAAAAAAGCGAAUGAAUCAUGCGAUACACUGUGCCAACAUUGCAAAGGAGAUCUUUGUAGGUUUGAGGAAGUGCAAUGAUUUUAGCGUCAUGUUAGACGAUAAGGAUCUUGAGUAUCUCGAAGCUGCUUGUUUCUUACACAAUAUCGGAAUAAUCACAGGGAAAAAGGGAUAUCAUAAGCAGUCUUAUCAUAUCAUCAAGAAUGGGGAUCAUCUCCAUAGCUACACUGCUGAAGAAGUCGACCUUAUAGCAAUGCUUACGAGACACCAAAGAAAGAAGUUUCCCAAGCUUAAUCGUCCACCUCUUAAGGACUUCACUGAGAAGGCAAAGCGAAAGUUCAUAAUUCUGUGUUUGAUUGUACGAUUAUCUGUUAUACUUCAACGGAGUGAGAAUAUAGAUCUCCAAGAAGUAGAAUUUCUUGAAUCUGCUCAGAGCUUCAAACUUGUGUUGAAACAACAAAACCACGAACCCUUGGUGGUUGGUUCUGAAGAUGAAGUACACAAAAUCUCCGAUGGAUUACAAUUGGAGCAAGAAGUUGAGCAUUUUAAAAGGCGAUCAGCAGCAGCUAUUCAAGAAGGAAAUGGUGAUUGUUUUUCCUUCCUGAAAAUCAAUCAGACUGGUUUCCUAGCUCCGCGUGUCAUCAGUAUUGAACUGAAGUUUUUCCCAGAACUGAACCUCAAGAUCUUCAUCCAACGAGUUCUUCACUGUGAUCGUUUCGCGGAGCUUUUUAAAUCCAUUGCAGGCAGUCCAAAUUCCGAAAGUCCAGAACGUCAGGUGGUAUUCGUUCAGUUAUCUUGCAGUGUGUUUACCCAGAAACCGAUGGUAAAACUAUAA